AUGAAGAUCCAAGAGAUCGGGCGCACUUCCACCUUUGCGUGGAGUCACGAUGCUCUCCCGCUAUUGGCCACAGCGUCUGUUGCUGGCGCUGUCGACCUCGACUUUUCUGCUGCGGCCAGUCUUGAGAUCUGGAACAUUUUCGGCCCGCACGCGGGAAAACCACUUUUUUCUGCUCAGCUUGACACCAAGUUUCAUGCCUUGGCAUGGCUGAGGCCUUGCGACGGCCACCCUCAUGGUGUGAUUGUUGGUGCACUUGAAUCGGGUGCCCUCGAGUUCUGGGACGCGGCCAAACUUGUUGCGGGCCAGCCUUUGGCAGCCGCGUUACUCCACCGACUGGAAAAACACACCGGUGCCGUGCGCUGUUUGCAGUUCAAUGCACACCAGCCGCAUGUUUUGGCGUCAGGUGGCCCACGCGGCGAGAUCUACGUGUGGGACGUCCGCACUUUUGCCGAACCCUUUUCGCCUGGCCGCGCUGUUUCGCCUGCCGACGAUGUGACUUCUCUUGCAUGGAACAAGGCUGUCAGCCACAUUUUGGCUUCCACCAGCAGCGGCCACACAAGUAUCUGGGACUUAAAAGCCAAGCGUGAAGUUUUGCACUUGUCAUACAACUCGGGCCUGGGCCACGCCGAUUUUUCUGCCGUGGCUUGGCAUCCACAGCAGCUGACCCGCUUGGCGACUGCUAGCCAGAGCGAUUCGUGCGCAGCCGUCUUGGUGUGGGACUUGCGCAAUACCUCGGAGCCCGCACACGUUUUACCUGCUGCAAAGGGCGUAUUGUCUGUCGACUGGUGCGCACAAGACCCAAGUUUGCUUCUUGCGAGUGGAAAGGACACAACGCGCUUGUGGAAUCCAGAAACUGGCGUGAAAAUUGGCGAGUAUGCCUCAGCUGCAAACUGGACCUUUUUGGCUCGGUUUGCGCCCCAUGCUCCCGAUGUGCUUGCAUGUGCCCUGUUUGACGGCAAGAUUGUGGUACAGUCAUUGCAUGACACUACGCCACCAGCAGAGCCUGUACGUACCGACGAUACAGACUUUUGGCUGAGUGUCGCUGCAGCUGACACUAGCAGACCGGUCUUUGAUGUCAUUCAGGCACCACGCUGGAUGCAACGGCCAUGCCUGGCCACAUUUGGUUUUGGUUCCAAACUUGUGGCAGUUCGUACAGAAAAUGGCCGUAGCACAGUAUCAGUGCAAACUUUUGCUGAAGCAACGCUUGACGUGACGCAAUUGACCCAAGCUGUACUGACAGACGAUCCUCAGUCGCUUCUUACUGUUCAAAGAGAGCAGGCAGAUGCUGCUGACUGGGAGCUUUUGCGCCAAUGGGCAGAAAAGAGACAGAACUUUUUCAAAAGUGCUCAAGACAAUGAAGAAAAGGCUAAUGGUGAGAAAUCCAAUGGCGUACAGGAAUCCAAUGGCGCAAACACUGAAUCAGAAAAGGCUAAUGGAGCCGAUAUCGAGGGCGAUGGUGACUUCUUCUCGCAUCUUGCAACACCUCAAAGCUAUGCGCCAUCAGGCGAAUUCCGCAUUGCCGAUGCUGACGCACGGUUGGCACGCCUCAUUCUCGCAAACAAGCUUGAGGAGGCGGUGAAAAUGUGCUUAGCUGAAGGAAAAAUCCAGCAUGCAUUUGCGUUGGCUUUAGACCAGGGUCCACAUGUCAAGGAUUUGGUGCGCGGCCACUUUCUUCGCGAGAACGCCUCAGAUGUUGCAGCUCGCUUGAUUUAUGCUGCAUCUGCUCAUGAUGUGAUUGAUAUGGUGACCAACGCAGACCUUGCAGAUUGGCGUGAGAUAGCUUUGGGUAUUACUUCCUUCUGCGCUGAUGAUGAGUUUGGCCCUAAAAUGGUUGAAUUGGGUGACCGUCUUUUUACUCUGCACUCUGCUGGUGCACGCGAGAAUGCGCUUGCGUGCUACUUAGUUGGUGGGGCCGUAGAUAAGGCUGCGUCGCUCUGGCUUGAUGGAUUGCCUGCUUUAGAAAAGCAACUCUUGGCUUCACCGGACUCCAGCGUGACAUCAGCGUACGACGCACGCUACGCUGCGUUGAGUCUGUUUGCUGAGAAGCUUUUUGUUUAUCGUGGUCUUUCGCACAUAAAUGGUCCACUUGAAGGUCCUGCUGCAGCUCCAGUGUGCAAGGCAGUUAUGGAGUUUGCCAACAUGUCUACGGCCGGUGGCCACUUUGAAGUGGCGAGCCGGUUCUUGGAACUUUUGCCUGAAGAAGUUCUGCGUGCUGAAAGAGAGAGGAUUGCUACAGCAAUGGGUAAGAAUGUCCAUCCAACCAACGCUACUCUGAGCGCUUCGGGUCUGCGCCAAGUUCACCCUAGUGCUCGUCGCAGCACACCUGGUGCAGAUUCGGCACGCCGAGUAUCAUACACGCCUGACACGCGCAGAUCGUCGCAUGCUCCUACUCUCCCCACCAUUCCUACUGGACAGACGCUAGCUCCACUGGUUCCACUUACUCAACCUGUCACGGCUCAAAGUCAGACCCACCGCAAACCACGUGCACGGUAUGCCGCCCCACAGGAGACUCGCAGAAGUUCUGUCCCAGCUAACUUGAGGUCUAAUCCAUAUGCCCCAGCUAACGCUGACAACAAGGGAUCAGCGCCAGUAAAUCCUACACCUGGAUUGACACCGGAAAAUUCGACGUCAGGCUUCACUCCUGUCAACGGUACCUCAGGAUUUGCUCCUGGUAAUGCGACUGCGGGCUUCACACCCGCUAACGCUACUUCCAGCUAUGUGCCACCGAAGGCUACACAUAACGCCUACACCCCAGCUGCGCCAGCAGCUCCAUUUACUCCAGGAGCACCCUUAACUCCCACAGCGACAUCAGCCGUACCACCCCCACCUACAACAGCGCCCCAACGCUACAAGGUGGAGACAGAUGGCUGGAAUGACUUGCCUGACGCAUUCAAACCGAAGGCUGCACGUCGCGCUGCUCCUCCUGUGGUCGCACCUCCAUCUCCUGCCCCUCCUGUCGCUCCAAAAGUGCAAGCAUCUCCUUUGAUGCCUCCACCGCCCAAGCUGGUGUCACGUACUGCGUCGCGCUCGGUGUCUGCUGUUCUGCCCGCUCAGUCGCGUGCUGCUCUGCAACCACCUUCGAAGUAUGCGCCGCCACCUUCUGCCAAUAAUGCACCUACAGCGAACACUCCACCUUCUCAAACAAUGGCAACUCCUCCUGCGUCCUCUGCACCUCGCAACCCAUACGCCCCUCCACCAAGGGUGGCUACACCUAAAUUGUCGUAUGCUCCUCCACCACGCAACAAUUUCGCUCCAGGACCGGCUAGUCCGGCUCAUUCGGCUGUGCAGCCUGCUCCAAACCCUUACGCACCACCGGCAGCUGUGAGCACUCCACCUCUUGGUGUCUUACCGCCCCCAGCGCAUAACCUUGGCCAUUCUCGCACACCUUCUAACCUCAGUUUGAGCCGUGCAGGGCAACUGGCCCCACCUAGAAAUUCUCCUCUGGCACCGCCAAUCAAAUCGGCCCCACCAACUGGACUGGUAGCUCCCCCACAAUCUGCAGCAGCAGCAGCACCACCACCACCACCACCAGCGUCAGGUCCAACUGGUUCCGUCGCUCCAACGGGAGUUUUGGCCCCAACUGGUGCUUUGGCGCCAGCAGGUGCGUUGGCGCUGCCACAGCCUCAUGCUCCCCCAAUGAGACACCCAUCCGCCCCUCCAAAGCAUUCCGCACCUCCCAUGAGACAACCUUCAGCACCUCCAAUGAGACAGCCUUCAGCACCUCCCAUGAGACAGCCUUCUGCACCACCUGUGAGACAGCCCCCGGCUCAGCCACAACCUGUUCAGACACCUAACCCAAGUCAACCUCCUUCUCGGAAGGUUUCUGUGAGUCAUGGUGACCGCUCGCAAAUUCCCCCAGAAUCCCAACCCAUUUUUGUUGGCUUCACCAGGAUAAUGGAGUCCAUCAAGCCUGCAGCACCAGCUAAGUAUAGCAAGCAUGUUGCGGACAUGGAUAAGCGUCUCAACAUCUUGUUUGAUAUUUUGAACAAGCGCAGCUUGUCGCCUGGUGCCGUGAACUUAUUGAACAUGGUGGUAGAGGCUUUAACUGCGAAGGACUACGCUAAAGCAACUGAAAUCAGUAAUGACAUUCUCGCCCAACAUGGAUCUGAGGUUGGCGACUGGCACACCGGCGUGAAGCGUUUAGUCACAAUGGCAGAGGCAUUCGACGUCUAA